AUGACUGCUGUCGACGACAUCCUUCUGACGGCUCUCAAAGAGCAUGAACACCGCGAGUCAGAUGCCCAUAUAACAAUUCAAGAGCACAUCCACAGAAUCAAGACACAGCUUGGGGAUGCUUCCGCUAUCAGUCCCUACUCGAAAUCAUCAGCGCCUCUCUCAGUGGUGUCAUUCAAAUGCCUCUUGCAAGAUACUGGAUACCCGAUGGAAGUGUAUCUCCCGGGAGAUAUGGAGAUGUCAUCCGAUGUAGACUGGAGCAAACUCAAAGAGAGAUGGGUUGGAUGGGGUGUUGAAGUUCCUGGGGAGCAGCAAUGGACAAAGCCCCAGGCUGACAUAACUGCUGGUCUGCAAGGCAUUAGCAUUGGCUCGCAAGAUCUCCCAGCUUCUGUACAUGCUAAAACACCCCUGCCUCAGCAGCAAGGAGGCUCUUAUCUUGGUGCUUUGCUCAAGGUGUACGAUGACAUUGCAUACAAGCCUGCUUCCGUCCAUGAGUUUAUCGGUCUUCUAUCGACCUCACCCAUCCCCUCCAACGAGCCCGAAGAUGCCGACAUUGUACCCACUAUACACGUCCUGUCCAAGCGUGAUCUCGCUCCCGAAACAACGGACGUUGAUCCUUCAGACGACCAGGUCCGAGAAGAGCUCGUUGAUUAUCUAUCAACAGCCUUUAACCCUCCCGACAGGGUCGCAGCAGAGUUCCUUCUCUUGCUUCUUAUAUCAUCCCCAACAGCGAGACCCAUGUCUCUCCCAGUGCUCGGCACUCUCGCUGUCAACUUUAGGCACAGCGGCGAGUCUUUUACCUCUGCCUUCAAUUCUGUCGUCUCGUCUGUUGUACCGCACUACGUUCCGCUCCCCCUCACUCUCUCUCUCCUUCAUUCUCACCCCUUCCAACCUGCCAUGACAGACGCCAACGGUCUCAAUGCCGGUCUCCUCCAGCUUGCCGAUGGCACCGUCUUGGCAGUGGAAGAAGACGCCAUGGGCAAUGGUGGCCAACUUAAUGAAAAGGCGCUCAAGAACUUGAAGGCCUUGGUGGAUUGUGUUGAAGAGCAAAAGGUCAAUUACGAGUACCCAUAUAUGGAUGGGUUGAAGAUGGACUGUUCGGUCAAGGUGGCGGUCUUGAGUCAAGGAAAGAGCCUGAUCCCUGUGGACGUGGACAUUCCCAUCUGCGCCGACGGUAGUCCCUCUACUCGGCCCCCAUCGCUUGACGCUUUCCGUUCCUACCUAGCCCGCUACUCUUCCCCUGCCCACUCUGCCCGCCUGGUGAUCCCGGACGAGUCUUCCACCAUCAUUCAAGACCACUUUGUGCAAGAGCGCAAAGUCAACCGCAAAGAAGCUGAGGAAGUAUUGAAGCGGCGUAUGAAGAUUGCUCGUAUCGUUGCGCUCUCUUAUCCGAAAGCCGCGUUGGACGGACAAGUGUGGGACAAGACGGUCAAGUUGGAUGAGCAAGUAGCCAAGCGUCACACCAUGUCAUAA